UCAACAAAUCGGAUCGGUGUUGCGGCAGGACAAGAGCACACUUGUGCAAUGAGAGCUACGGCAGUGUGGGCGGCGCUGCUGCUGCAGCUGGCGGUCGUAGCGGCUGCGCCCUGGAACACGGGCUGCCUCUUCUCCAGGGACCCCGACUGUUGGCAAUCGCACGCAGGUACAAGUGUGGAUAAUCACGCCCUUGGGUCACUUCACACACAGAAUUCGGCACAUACCCCAGCAAAGGAUAAGACUGACAACAGAUGGCCACAUAUCCGACAGCAGGAAGCAGAAAAUGGCGAAAGUGAACAAAAUCAUCUGGCUAAUGUAAAGAGAAAGUACUUGCAUGAAUUGACGAGACUCUUACAAGGUAUUAUGCCAGAGAGGGAAGACAGAAGUAGGAGCGACAGCAGCAGUGACAGCAGCAGCAGCAGCAGCAGCAGCGACAGCGACAGCAGCAGCAGCAGCAGCAGCAGCAGUAGUAGUAGCAGUGAAGAGACCAAUAUUAGUAACACUGAAAACAGUAGCAGUAAUGAAUUUGGAAGUGGACAAGAUGGACUUAGUGGAGAGAAUGGAAGUGGAAGUGGAGGUGGUAGUGGAGGACAAGCUGGUAGUGGAGGAUCUGGAAGUGGCAGUGGAAAUGGUGGAAACGGUGGUAAUGGAGGCAAUGGUGGGGACGGUGGAGACAGUGUAACUGGAGGAGAUGGAGGGGAUGGUGGAAAUGGAGGUAAUGGUGGAGAUGCAGGCAACAGCAGCAAUGGUGGUGAUGCCGGUGAUGGAGGAGAUGGUGGUAAUGGAGGCAAUGGUGGUGAUGCUGGAGAUGGAGGUGAUGGUGGAAAUGAUGGUGAUGGUGGAGAUGGAGGUGAUGGAGGCAGUGGUGGUGAUGCUGGUAACGGAGGUGAUGGUGGAAAUGGAGGUGAUGGUGGAGAUGGAGGUGAUGGAGGCAGUGGUGGUAAUGCUGGCAAUGGAGGUGAUGGUGGCAAUGGAGGUGAUGGAGGCAAUGGUGGUGAAGCUGGAGAUGGAGGAGAUGGAGGCAAUGGUGGUGAUGGAGGCAAUGGUGGUGAUGCUGGUAACGGAGGUGAUGGUGGAAAUGGAGGUAAUGGAGGAAAUGGCGGUGAUGGUGGAGAUGGCGGUGAUGGAGGCAGUGGUGGUAAUGCAGGCAAUGGAGGUGACAGUGGCAAUGGUGGUGAUGGAGGCAAUGGAGGUAGUGGUGGUGAUGCUGGAGAUGGAGGAGAUGGUGGUGAUGGUGGCAAUGGUGGUGAUACUAGUGAUGGAGGUGAUAGUGGAAAUGGUGGUAAUGGAGGAGAUGGCGGUGAUGGUGCAAAUGGAGGUGAUGGUGGAGAUGGAGGUGAUGGAGGCAGUGGUGGUGAUGCUGGAGAUGGAGGAGAUGGUGGUGAUGGUGGUGAUGGAGGCAAUGGUGGUGAUGCUGGUAAUGGAAGUGAUGGUGGAAAUGGAGGUGAUGGUGGACAUGGAGGUGAUGGAGGAAAUGGCGGAGAUGGUGGAGAUGGCGGUGAUGGAGGCAGUGGUGGUGAUGCUGGCAAUGGUGGUGAUGGUGGCAAUGGUGGUGAUGGAGGCAAUGGAGGUAGUGGUGUUGAUGCUGGAGAUGGAGGAGAUGGUGGUGAUGGUGGCAAUGGUGCUGAUGCUGGUGAUGGUGGAAAUGGAGGCAAUGGUGGAGAUGGAGGUGACGGAGGCAGUGGUAGUGAUGCUGGCAAUGGAGGAGAUGGUGGUGAUGGAGGAAAUGGUGGUGAUGCUGGUGAUGGAGGUGAUGGUGGAAAUGGCGGCAAUGGUGGAGAUGGAGGUGAUGGAGGCAGUGGUAGUGAUGCUGGCAAUGGAGGAGAUGGUGGUGAUGGUGGUGAUGGCGGCAAUGGUGGUGAUGCUGGUGAUGGAGGAGAUGGUGGUGAUGCUGGUGAUGGUGGCAAUGGUGGUGAUGCUGGAGAUGGAGGAGAUGGUGGAAAUGGAGGCGAUGGUGGUGAUGGAGGUGAUGGACACAGUGGUGGAGAUGCUGGAGAUGGAGGGGAUGGUGGUGAUGGUGGCGACGGAGGCAAUGGUGGUGAUGCUGGAGAUGGAGGAGAUGGUGGAAAUGGAGGCGAUGGUGGUGAUGGAGGUGAUGGUGGCAGUGGUGGUGAUGCUGGAGAUGGUGGUGAUGGCGGCAAUGGCGGUGAUGCUGGUGAUGGUGGUGAUGGAGGUGAUGGUGGAAAUGGAGGUGAUGGUGGAGAUGGAGGUGAUGGAGGCAGCGGUGGUGAUGCUGGAGACGGAGGGGAUGGUGGUGAUGGUGGCGACGGAGGCAAUGGUGGUGAUGCUGGAGAUGGAGGAGAUGAUGGAAAUGGAGGCGAUGGUGGUGAUGGAGGUGAUGGACACAGUGGUGGUGAUGCUGGAGAUGGAGGAGAUGGUGGAAAUGGAGGCGAUGGUGGUGAUGGAGGAAAUGGCGGUGAUGCUGGUGAUGGAGGUGAUGGUGGAAAUGGCGGAAAUGGUGGAGAUGCAGGUGAUGGAGGCAGUGGUAGUGGUGCUGGCAAUGGAGAAGAUGGUGGUGAUGAUGGUGAUGGAGGCAAUGGUGGUGAUGGUGGAGAUGGAGGAGAUGGUGGAAAUGGAGGUGAUGGUGGUGAUGGAGGUGAUGGUGGCAGUGGUGGUGAUGCUGGAGAUGGUGGUGAUGGCGGCAAUGGCGGUGAUGCUGGUGAUGGUGGUGAUGGAGGUGAUGGUGGAAAUGGAGGUGAUGGUGGAAAUGGUGGUGAUGGAGGUGAUGGUGGUGAUGCUGGUAAUGGUGGAGAUGGAGGAAGUGGAGGUGAUGGUGGAGAUGGAGGAGAUGGUGGAAACGGAGGCGAUGGUGGUGAUGCUAGUGAUGGAGGUAAUGGUGGUGAUGCUGGUGAUGGAGGAGAUGGUGGUGAUGGAGGCAAUGGCGGGGAUGCUGGCGAUGGUGGUGAUGGUGGAAAUGGAGGUAAUGGCGGAGAUGGAGGUGAAGGAGGCAGUGGUGGUGAUGCUGGAGAUGGUGGUGAUGGAGGCAAUGGUGGUGAUGCUGGUGAUGGAGGAGAUGGUGGAAAUGUAGGUGAUGGUGGAAAUGGAGGCAGUGGUGGUGAUACUGGAAAUGGAGCAGAUGGUGGUGAUGGUGGUGAUGGAGGCAAUGGUGGUGAUGGUGGAGAUGGAGGAGAUGGUGGAAAUGGAGGUGAUGGUGGUGAUGGAGGUGAUGGUGGCAGUGGUGGUGAUGCUGGAGAUGGUGGUGAUGGCGGCAAUGGCGGUGAUGCUGGUGAUGGUGGUGAUGGAGGUGAUGGUGGAAAUGGAGGUGAUGGUGGAAAUGGUGGUGAUGGAGGUGAUGGUGGUGAUGCUGGUAAUGGUGGAGAUGGAGGAAGUGGAGGUGAUGGUGGAGAUGGAGGAGAUGGUGGAAACGGAGGCGAUGGUGGUGAUGCUAGUGAUGGAGGUAAUGGUGGUGAUGCUGGUGAUGGAGGAGAUGGUGGUGAUGGAGGCAAUGGUGGGGAUGCUGGCGAUGGUGGUGAUGGUGGAAAUGGAGGCAAUGGUGGAGAUGGAGGUGAUGGAGGCAGUGGUGGUGAUGCUGGCAAUGGAGGAGAUGGUGGUGAUGGAGGCAAUGGUGGUGAUGCUGGUGAUGGAGGCGAUGGUGGUGACGGAGGCAAUGGCGGUGAUGCUGGCGAUGGAGGUGAUGGUGGAAAUGGCGGCAAUGGUGGAGAUGCAGGUGAUGGAGGCAGUGGUGGUGAUGCUGGCAAUGGAGGCAAUGGUGGUAAUGCUGGAGAUGGUGGAAAUGGUGGUGAUGGUGGAGAUGGAGGCAAUGGUGGUGAUUCUGGCAGUGGUGGCAGUGGAGGAAGUGGAGGAGGUGGUGGUAAUGGUGGAAGUGGUGGCAGUGAUGGCAGUGAUGGUAGUGAUGGCACUGAUGGCAGUGAUGGAGGCAAUGGUGAUGAUGCUGGAAAUGGAGGUGAUGGUGGCGAUGGAGGAGAAGGAGGUAAUGGAGGCAGUGGUGGCAAUGCUGGCAAUGGAGGUGAUGGUGGAGAUGGUGGUGAUGGAGGUAGUGGUGGAGGUGCCGGUGAUGGAGGGGAUGGUGGAAAUGGUGGUGAUGGUGGAGAUGGUGGUGAUGGAGGCAGUGGUGGUGAUGCUGGUGAUGGUGGUAAUGGUGGUGAUGGAGGCAAUGGUGCUGAUGCUGGUAAUGGAGCUGAUGGUGGAAAUGGUGGAGAUGGAGGUGAUGGAGGCAGUGGUGGAGAUUCUGGCAACGGAGGCGAUGAUGGAAAUGGUGGUGAAGGAGGAGACGGUGGCAAUGGUGGUGAUUCUGGCAAUGGAGGAGAUGGUGGUGAUGGUGGAAAUGGAGGCAGUGGUGGUGAUGCUGGUGAUGGAGGUAAUGGUGGCAAUGGUGGUGAUGGAGGUGAUGGUGGUGAUGCUGGUAAUGGUGGAGAUGGAGGAAGUGGAGGUGAUGGUGGAAAUGGAGGAGAUGGAGGCAAUGGUGGAAAUGGUGGCAAUGGAGGUAAUGGUGGAGAUGGUGGUAAUGGAGGUAAUGGUGGAGAUGGUGGAGAUGGUGGUAAUGGAGGUAAUGGAGGUGAUGGUGGUGAUGGUGGUGAUGGUGGCAAUGGAGGUAAUGGAGGUAAUGAUGAUGAUGGCCAGUCUAAUAAUGAAAGUGGCAGCAGUGAUGGAGGCAGUAAUUCUGAUGGUGGCAUUGGUGACUGCCCGGCCGUGGGCAGUUGUCCAUUACACGAAGAUGCUGGAUCAGAUGUUACACUUUUGCCCCAUGCCACUGAUUGUGGACAGUAUUGUGUAUGUGACCAUGGCGUUCCAGUAGCCAUGCCGUGUCCUGCAGGACUCCACUUCAACCCAGAGCUGAGAGUCUGCGACUGGCCAUAUGCUGCUGGUUGUGAGGUACAGAGCUAACUCAGCAGUGUGUAUUCUUUGUGACACAAAUCCUUAGUAGACAACAUUAAUGUGUUGUAGUCUUUUGUAAUCAUAAUUUGAUGUAUGUCGUUUUUGGAAGAGAAUGUAGCAUCUGUAACUAUUGUCUUAUAUUGUUUUAUUGUGCAUUUUGUGUUUAAUUUGGAGUAACAUUUAUUUACUUACUGAUCUAUUUUAUUUUGUUUUUAUUAAAAACUCUUUGUCAUUGCUUGAUGUAGUCCUUUAAAAUUCCGCUUUUUUGCAUUUUUAUUAAAUUGUUUAUUUACAU